UGUGAGAAGAAAGAAAAUGGAGGAAAAUGGUGGUGAGCAGUUUCCUGGUUUCCAAACAUGUGCUCACAAAGAUGACAUUGUUUUCAGAAGAUGUUUGAGUCAUAGAUUGCAAAGAAGAGCUCCUUGUCCUCUUCAAGUGAUGAAGCCUAAUGUUUCCUCUGCUAGCUUCCAUGGUGGACAAAAAUCAUUGGGGACGAGCGGUACAAAUUCAUCGUCGUCUUCUUCUUCAUCUUCUUCGUCGUCAUUGAAUUCAUUCUAUCACAGCAAAGAUCCAAUUCCAUUGCUUUCUCCUCUAGUUUUGCCUUCUCUCCUGGAAUCUGCCUGUAUUCAACAAGAAAAUGCUACCAAAUCCCAUUGAAUCUGU